UGUGCGUCCGUGUGUGUGUGUGUUUCCAUGUGUGCGUGAGUCCGUGCGCGCGCGUGUAUUCAGCUACAGCUCCGCUCUCUGAAAGAUCUUUAACCCGGUUCAACUCGCGCUCUGUUUAGUCCGGAUCUGUUGCGCGAGCAUGUCGUCCAGUCCACAGGACCAGGAUCAGAACCAGGACCAGGAUCAGAACCAGGACCAGGAACACAACCAGGACCAGGAUCAGAACCAGGACCAGGAACACAACCAGGACCAGGAUCAGAACCAGGAUCAGAAACGGGAUCGGGAUCGUGAGCAGAACGGCGAAGGCAAUGAGGAGAAAGAGGUUCAAAAUGAGAGGAUGAAAAAUGAAAAGAAAGAGGAGAAAGAAUCUUUUAAUUAUUUUAUUUACAACCCGAGAACCAGAGAGUUCAUGGGAAGAACCGCGAGCAGCUGGGGUCGCAUCCUCCUCUUCUACCUUAUUUUUUAUGGGUUUUUGGCAGGAAUGUUUUUAUUCACCAUGUGGGUGAUGUUACUGACACUUGAUGAAAAUGUCCCCCGACAUCAGGACCGCGUUGCCAAUCCAGGUUUGGUGAUUCGUCCUCAUGCAGCUGAGAUCUCAUUCAACCGCAGCGACCCAACAAUUUACAACCAAUACAUCCAACAACUGCACGAGCUCCUGCAGCGUUAUAACGACAGCAUUCAGAAGCGUCACGACUUGUGUCUGGUGGGUGAAUAUACUGAACAGGACAACGAGCCAAUAAAGAAAGUUUGUCAGUUUAAACGUAGCACGCUGGGUCAGUGCUCUGGUCUGUUCGACACCAGCUUCGGAUACGCUGACGGGGAACCCUGUGUCAUCAUCAAGAUGAACCGGCGUGUUUAUCUGCAGGUCAUUGGACUGAGGCCACAAGGAGAUCCCUUCAUCACCUGCACUGCAAAGAGAGACCGUCCGUUACAGAUUCAGUAUUUUCCAUCUGAAGGUCAUCUGGAUAAAAUGUUUUUCCCAUAUUACGGCAAGAACGCACACCCUGACUAUGUGCAGCCUCUCGUGGCUGUCAAAUUGUUCUUCACAAAAGACGACUUCAACGUCGAGCAGACAGUGGAGUGUAAAGUCCAGGGUUCAGACCUGCGUAACGAUGAUGAUCGUGACAAGUUUCAGGGUCGUGUCACUUUCCGGGUCAAAGUGUUAGAGUAAACCGGCCUGUCUGUUUCCAUGGAGACCACAAACUAGGUUUACGCUGGAAAAGAAGGGCUUGUUUUAAUCCAGACCUGAUUUUUUCGUGAUUCAUCCUGUUGUGAGUCUGAUGAGAGGAACACAGAUGCUGUUUCAGACCUGAUCCUGGCUUUGUCCAGUCAGUGUCCAGACCUGCUACUGCAUCAACGAGGGGAGAAACCAGAGUGAGUCUGGUUCACUCUGCUCAGACAGAUGGAGCAAAUCAGGUCUGAUAAGACACAAGAACUUAAUGUGAUGCCACAUUACAAAGAAUCUUCACCACAAAACUGUGACUUUACACUAAGACGCUAAGAUCACAGUGACAUCAGAGUGACAUCACACUAAGAUCACAGUGACAUCACGCUCACAUCAUAGUGACAUCACACAAAAUCACAGUGACAUCACAAUGACAUCACACUGACAGCAUAGUGACAUCGCACUAAGAUCACAGUGACAUCACGCUGACAUCACAUAAAAAUCACAGGGACAUCACAAUGACAUCACAGUGACAUCAGAGUGAGAAUAACACUAAAAUCAUAGUGGCAUCACAAUGACAUCACAGUGACAUCACGGUGACAUUACUCUGACACACUG